CACACAAAACAAACAGUCUGCUGACUUUUGAAGCGAUCGAUCUCCUGAAAAAUGCUCAAUCACGGUAGACAGGAGUCGACGAGACACAGCUCAUGAUUUUCUCAAAAUGAAAUUAGCAGUUUUAUUUUUGUUCUCAGUGGCAACAUCCUUCGCUGCAGAAGAAUCAUGUGACGGACGUUGUCAGAACGGCUUUGACCCCAAAAUGAAAUGCCAAUGUGACUCUUUGUGCAAGUAUUACAAAAGCUGCUGUAUAGAUUUUGACACUGCAUGUCAAACUAAAAUUACACGUGGAGAUGUGUUUGAGCUUCCUGAGGAAAAUCUGACCCCUACUUUGAAUCCCACAACGACAACAGCGGAUAACAUAGAAAUAAAUACCAACAUCUCCGAUACCUCCACCCACUUUUCAGACCGUGCGGCGGAACCCUGCAGUGGAGGAUCGUUUGAUGCCUUCCUGCAGAUAAAGAACGGCUCGAUUUAUGUCUUCAGGGGUGAAUACUUCUUUGAACUGGACGAGAAGUCAGUGAUGCCGGGUUAUCCCAAACUCAUAAAGGAUGUGUGGGGCAUUUCUGGUCCUAUAGAUGCUGCCUUUACUCGAAUAAACUGCCAAGGGAAAAGUUAUAUAUUCAAGGGUAACAAGUACUGGCGCUUCGAGGGCGACGUCCUGGAUGAAGAUUACCCGAGAAAUAUCUCAGUGGGGUUUCAAAACAUCCCAGAUGAUGUUGAUGCUGCAUUUGCUAUUCCUGCCCCAGCACACAACAAAAAGGAGAAAGCGUAUUUCUUUAAAGGUGAUCGGUAUUACCAGUACGAGUUCAAGCACCAGCCAUCUCAUGGGGAUUGUGAUCGUAUGACCAAAGCAUCCCCGUCCGUACUCUUUACUCGCUACACUGACCUGUACUGUGACUACAACUGGGAUGACCUUUAUGCCUCAAUCUUCCAAAUGUUUCCAGGAUCAGGACAUCAAAAAGGGCCACGCUUAAUUGAGAAAGACUGGGUGGGCAUCGAACCUCCGAUAGACGCGGCGAUGGUGGGACGGCUGUACUUGAGCCCCAAACCUUCUUCUUCUUCUUCUUUUCCUGCGCCUUCACUUUCACCUGUAGCUCCAGGUAGACGUGGCAGGACCCGGAGCGGUCGCAGGAAGAAAGGUAGAGGCAGAGGAAGCAGAACCAGCCGUUCAGACUUCUGGGAAGAUUUUGGAUUGGAUUAUGAAGAGAGGUAUUUUGGAGCAAAAACUAAAAAUAAAGGUCAGAAGAAGGGCCGUGGACAACGACCGGAGUUCUACUACUACAGCGAUGAUGACACAGACUACGCUGAUGUGGAGCUUGCUUUGGAGAAAGCAACGCCUGUGCAAAAUGUCUACUUCUUCCAGAAAGAUAAAUACUACAGAGUGGAUCUCAAGACCAAACGCAUCGACUAUGUAACCCCUCCAUACCCGAGAUCUAUCAGAAAGUACUGGCUGGGAUGUAAAGUGAAGGAGCUGGCAGAGAAAAGAUAAAAAAAAAAGUCUCAAACUCACUAAAAAUGAGAUACACGCUAGUACACGAGACUGUAAUCCAAUCAAUUUUGCUGUAGAGGAUUAAGGUAGAAAAUCAUUUUUCAGUGGUUAUUCAAAAGGAAACAUGUAACAAAGAUAAGUUGAUAUAUAUUUUACUGGGUUCUCUAUUUACGACUUAGAACCAAUGAGCAUACGUAAUUACUACAUAAUAAACUGAUGUAACCCUC